AUGCACUCCAUUUCAUACAUCUUCUUCGCCUCAGCACUCGCUGCGCCCGUCGUGAAGGCCCAACUUAGUGGCCUGCCAUCAUGUGCUUCAAGCGCCCUUAGCCCAGCCGAGUCUGCCUUGAGCUCGACCGGCUGCUCCACGACGGACAUCAGCUGCCUGUGCCAGCACAGCAGUCAGAUCCUUUCUGCUGUUGCUCCAACACUUGAGAAGGCUUGCUCCUCCUCCGACCUCGCCAGCAUCUUGAGCCUUGCUGAGAAGGAGUGCUCCUCUGCUGGCGUCUCUAUCAGCAUCCCGGCAUCAUACACUUCCGGCAUGAGUGCCACUGCUUCCGCCACUGGUGGUAGCAUGAAGACUGCCUCCGCUGUCUCCGCUGCUGCGACUGGCAGCAUGGCCCCUGCUAUGCCAAGCGGUUCCAUGACAGGCCUGUCGGGCAGUGGGGCCAAGCCAGCGCCACCCAUGAUGUCUGGCGGCCCCCACAACGGGACGAUGGCUGGUCCGGCCGGUGCUUCAGGUUCAGGUUCGUCAGACCCACCACUUCCGCCAUGCGGCCCAGUUCACGGCCAUGAGCAUGGCCAUGCCAACGACACAGCUCCUGCAAACGGCUCUGCUAAGCCAUCGCCGCCAGUAGCACCCAAGCAUGGCAGCAAUGGAACAGCGCCUGCGCCGCCAGCUCAUCCCAGUGCAUGCGCUAACAAUGGCACAGUCUCAGGUGGACCUGGUGCUAAGCAUUCUGGUAUGGCUACUGCUACGCAAUCUGGCAGCGCUGGCAGCCUUGCUUCCGGUUCAGGCACUGCAUCCGCCGCAACAUAUACUGGUGCCGCCAUGCCAGUUGCGGCAGCUAACGCUAUGGGUGCCCUCGCAGCAGGCAUGGGCCUUGCAGUCAUGAUCUUGUAG